UCUUCCCUCACACACUUCACACACUUCACUGCUUUCGCGGUGUUCUCGUGCCACCAACCUCCCUCGCCAAGAUGUCGACGGUGACCCGCGCCUACCUCGACCAGAGGCUCGCCGCCGCCAAGCGCUGCUCCAGAGAGGGUGCCAUGGCCGGAGCCAAGGCCGCGGCCGUCGCCACCGUCGCUGCCGCAGUGCCCACCCUGGCAAGCGUGAGGAUGCUUCCGUGGGCGAGGGCGCACCUGAACCCAACCGGGCAGGCGCUCAUCAUCUCCACCGUCGCCGGGAUGGCCUACUUCAUCGUCGCGGACAAGACCAUCCUGUCCAUGGCCAGGAAGCACUCCUUCAAGGACGCGCCGGACCAGCUUAGGAACACCUCCUUCAACUAAUUAGCCUAUAAUAGAUCCAUUAGUAGUACUGUAAUGUUCAGGCAGCACUUACGUGGUAUCAGGCGAGGCUUGCAGACAGCCAGUGGUGUAGUAGUGCGCUUCUCUGCGCGCAAGAAGUUAUCUGAUGAAGUGAUCUUGAAUUAAUAAUGACUAGCAUUUGUACAA